UGCUGCAGGUGGAGAAAUUUUCAACCUGUGUUUACCUGAGUUGGCUGAAAUGGUAUCUGAAAAUGAUGUUAUCAGACUCAUUAAACAAAUACUUGAAGGAGUUUAUUAUCUACAUCAGAAUAACAUUGUUCACCUUGACUUAAAGCCACAGAAUAUACUGUUGAGCAGUAUAUACCCACUUGGGGACAUAAAAAUCGUAGAUUUUGGAAUGUCUCGAAAAAUUGGGAAUGCUUGUGAGCUUCGGGAAAUCAUGGGAACACCUGAAUAUUUAGCUCCAGAAAUCCUCAACUAUGAUCCCAUUACCACAGCAACAGAUAUGUGGAAUAUUGGCAUAAUAGCAUAUAUGUUGUUAACUCAUACAUCACCAUUUGUAGGAGAAGAUAAUCAAGAAACAUACCUGAAUAUUUCUCAAGUUAAUGUAGAUUAUUCUGAUGAAACUUUCUCAUCAGUUUCACAACUGGCCACAGACUUCAUCCAGAGCCUUCUAGUAAAGAAUCCAGAGAAAAGACUUACAGCGGAAUCCUGCCUUUCUCAUUCUUGGCUACAGCAGUGGGACUUUAGAAGCUUGUUUCACCCUGAAGAAACUUCAGGUUCCUCUCAAAUCCAGGAUCAUACCCUCAGGUCCUCUGAAGAUAAGACCCCCAAGUCCUCCUGUAAUGGAAGCUGUGGAGACCGGGAGGACAAGGAGAAUAUCCCUGAGGAUAGCAGCAUGGUUUCCAAAAGAUUUCGCUUUGAUGACUCCUUGCCCAGCCCCCACGAACUUGUUCCAGAUUUGCUGUGUUAGCCUUUUCUCUGUGACUCAUCUGGACUGACUUGGAAAGUUAAAAUCUUCUCUGGUGUGAGAUUGUGUUUUUAGCUUCAUAUAUGAUAUGUUUAUAUUACAAAUGCACUUUUGCUUAGAACAACUUAGGGAACAGUUUAAAUGCUAGGUUUCUUUUUGCUGGCAUAUCACUUCCUGUCCUAAAAUUGUUUUACAGAGAAAAAUAUUUAAAUAUAUGACAAAAAUGUAAAUUGUGCAUGUGAGUUCACAUGCAACUAAAGAAUUCAAGUUCAGUUGAACUUAUAAAAUAUUUUACAUAUCAAGAAAAAUGGGUUAUAUUAUGGUUAGAGAAGAUGGAAUAAAAUGAAAACAUUGGAAUAUAGUAGGUUCUCUCUAAGGUGAGCCCUAUGCUAUAGACUGUUGACAGAAUUUGUUUGGGGAAACAAUGUCAAAUAUAAACCACAAUAUGUACUGAGACAUUAUUAAUUAUUUAUACUCCAGAGACAUUUGCAAUUGAAAAUGCUUUCCAGUUACCACGAACUGAAAACUGUGUAAGAUUUCCUUUGUGCACUGUGUGCUCUGUGAGAGGGCCUGUCAAGCAGAGCAGAGAGGAGGCAAGGCUGAUCCAGGCUGCUUCUCUGCAAGCUGAGUCAAAGCAUGGAUCAUUUUCCAACUCAGAUGUAUUUGGACACUCAUCAUACAUCAGACCUAAUGAGAUCUAGUAGAUGGAUAUGUGUGGUAUGCAAAUUAGAGGCCUUCUCAUCCUCUGGAAAUAUUAGAGUAGAGGAGAAUGGGUAAAACCAAAUAUGCUCUAACUCAAUCAGUUAGACAUAUUCAUGAAGGGAAUGGUAAGUACGGGCAGCUUACUUAGUGUGGGGCAUCUCCUAAGUCUGAGAACUCAAGCCCAUCAAUUAGUCACCCACAAAAGUAACCAGAGCAUUGGAAGAACUGUUAAUACCAGAGUCCUUAGUAGGUAGCAUAAAACAUUAUGCACUACUUGGAGUUGUUAUGUAAAAUUCUAUCUUCCUUGGUUUUGUUGUGUGUGUGUGUGUGUGUGUGUGUGUGUGUGUUGUUGUUGUUGUUGUUGUUGUUGCUUGUUGUUGUUGUUGCUUGUUGUUCUGCUGGAAACAACACAAAUGAAAGUCUAUCGUUGAGUCAGUGGUCAAUAACUGUGUUCAGUCCUGAUGGGCGGGGGCUUGGGAAUACUCUGGUGAUUUCCCAUUUGUGUCCAUAAAAGGUCUGUAGUAACGUCCUAUUAAGAUAACUGGUCAAAUGAAUAUGCUACUAUAUUAAAUUCCAUUGCCACAAAAUAAAAAGCCUGUGUAUUUCCACAUUGAAGUGAGUUUAGUCUAACAACCUGUAAAUUCUUGAAAUUGUUAAUAAAUCCUGAAUUCUUUACAUGACUUAAAACUAUUUUAAAUGAGCAUUGGGUGUUUGUUUGACUAAAUAUCAAGUUCAUUUUCUCUUUGUCAUCUUUACAGGAGUUGUCCUUUGUAUAUGUCUAUGUGUGUGUGUAUGUGAAUGUGUACAGGUGUAUGCAUAUAUGCAUCAAGAGAUAAAAUAGAGCCUUGAAACAACCUCGAAUUAGACUCUUUGCUUGUGUAUUGUGCUCAGCUCAGGUGCCAAAGGAACCCUGUCUUAGGAAUUAUAAAAAUGUAUUCUGCAGGAAGUCAUCUGUUGGCCCAGUAAGCUAAACACUGAAGAUGCUACAUUUAACUCUUGUGUGUGUAAAGCUGAGGAGUUAUUGAUCAAUUAUUGAAAUGCUUGUGUAUUUUCCACCAGUGUUAAAUCGGGUAAAGCUGUUAGUUGAUCAUGAGGGAAGGUGAUUACUUUCCCACAAGGUGGUAUAUUAUUGUAAGACUUUAAAAAGUAUUAUACCAGACCCUAAAAGUAAACAUUUGAAUUUUAAUUUUAAGCCAUUUGUUAAAAAAUCACUUUUCAUGUCUUUCUCUGAGGAAUCCUGAGAUACUUUGCCUGUUCCCCUUAGUCAAUGGGCUACCAAGUUGUAAACUCUGGCACCUUUUCUUGAGACAUUGUUUAUUGUAAAAUAGUAGCUAGUGACUGUACACGGAAUAGAAAAAUGGUCUUUCCAUAAAGGUGAAUUGAAAUAUUUCCCAUGUUGAAAUGUGGAAAUAAAUGUCUUUUGAGAGAA